AUGAGGAAGCGAAAGGUUGAGAAUCCCGACGUCGUGACCGCGAGGACGAGCGGCGUCACCAGCAAGUCACAGAAAGAACUGGAGCAGGUGAUGGAAACAGAACGCAACUUCAAACAGCUGAUCCAGGACCUAGCAGACAGAAAAGUGUGCCCACCGAGACGAUUCACUCAUGGAUUUAUCCCGCGCCAAAGGAGAAGAGUAUCCAGCGCCAAAGGAGAAGAGUAUCCAAUGUGUGUUCUGUAA